AUGGCCGCCGACGACGGGCUCUCCUCUCCAACACAUCCACAACUUACGCCCGUCGGCGACAAGUCGCUCCCGGCAAAAUGCAAGGCGGGCAUGCUCACAUACUGUCCCACGAUGGACCUCAUCGCCCUCGUGACAGAAGAUGACGAGCUCCGCGUCUUCCGCUUAAAUGGGCAAAAGGUAUUUGGAGGCUCUUUCAAGGGGGAUCCGUACCUUGAUGAGGAUGAUGGUGGUGGUGGUGAGAUUUUGGGGUUGAGGUGGAAGGAUAACGGCCGCUUACUAGCCGUCGCGUGCGCGGACGCCAGUAUCCGGAUUAUAAGCGCGUACAGUGGCAAGACGGUGCACCACUAUGCGGCUCACAGCCCGCUAGGCGAGGGUCAGACGAUCCACGCGACGUGUCUAGGUUGGGGCAUGAACUUCACCGAUACCCGGGCUGCGCAGCGUCAGCUGGGUGAGGCGGCAGGCCAGCUUACGGUUGAUGACUUGCUCUCGCUGGAUGUUCAGCCGGCCAAAGCGGCUGCACUGCUCAAGGCGGAUUUGCCUAGGGAGUUGGCUCUCCUGGAUAUCGAGGGGUCGUUGCCGAGAUUGAGUACCUUGCCGAGUACGGGAGGGGACGACGAUGUAUUUAGCUCGAGAGCGUCGGUUGAUGCGAUUUUUCAUUCGACGACAAAGAGUAUGAGCGAUGCGGUGGAUGUGCUUCUCGUUGGGUUCGAGGAUGGGACUGUUCAUUUGCGCAUCUUUGAUUGUUUCGAGAUUGGCUCGUUCCAGGUUGUCGCCUCCGGGCCUGGAGGUCGGGGAAUCAGGAUUCUUCAACAUGCGUCCCACCCAAUGAGCCCGACACAUGCAAUCAUUGCCUCCGAAGCAAGCUCAUUGCGUCUUGUUACGCUUGACCUCCGGUUCAUCACACGUUCUGGACGAUAUCUCUCGCUCCUCGCGCACAAAACGACACAACUGCAGAACUUGCUCCGGUACAUUUGCCAGGUGCAGCGGCAAAUUGAGCUAGAAUGGAAGAAUGCCCAGGAGCUACCGGCGAGGUAUAUGCGCAGUGUCAACAUGGACUUAAACGACAAGUGUCAUUGUGAUUUUGUUACUGCUGCUUAUCACUUGGUAGUGACAGGGGAUUGCUUUGAGCCCAUGAGGGAAUUCCUCGUGGAUAUAGUUGGUGAUCGAGUAUGUAUUUUCUCUUCUUCGCUUCGUAAUCGCUGA